AGCCAAGGAGCGGGUGGGGGCGGGGCAGUUUCCGUGGCUGAGGGAGCCGGCGGCGGCGAGGCAGGGUUACCAACAGUUCGGGGAAGUUUAUUCUCGGGGGCCGGCUCCGGAAGGGGACGAGGCGAUGCCGAAGCCGGGAUGGAGUCGUGACCAGUGAUCAGAGGUUGCUGCUGGCAUGGAACCAAACUGUGUGUGUUUGUGGGAACUGUAAGCAAGAUUUGCUCAAGGCAACAGUGAAAAGAUUUCAGGUGAUCUUCAAAGAUGGCCUGUCCCCUACUCUUUAAGCAGGUUGCCAUCACGAAAGCCAAAGUGGAUUUCUCCGGUGUGAUGUGCCUGCCCCCUUCCGCCAUUGCUGGAAAUGGGCUGGACGGAGGAGGGGCUGGCGAAAAUGAUGAUGAACCGGUGUUGGUGUCGCUUUCUGCGGCACCAAGCCCCCAGAGCGAAGCUGUUGCUAAUGAGCUGCAGGAGCUCUCCCUGCAGCCCGAGCUGACCCUGAACCUUCACCAUGGCCGAAACCCCAAUCUCCCUCCGUUAAGUGAGAGGAAGAAUGGGACAUCUUCUUUGUUACUGCAUCUGCCUUCUGACCCUGGGACGUCCUCCAGCAUGUUGGAUAAAGCCAAGACGCUCCAGCCUGCUUAUGUCGGGAUUGUGCCACUUGCAGAGACUGUGUCGAAGCAGGGGAAGAGCUGUUCAAACACUUGUCAGGAUUCAUACCACAGCUUACGGGAAGUGCUGCAGUUGAAGCUCCAGCAGCGACGGACACGGGAGGAACUGGUGAGCCAGGGGAUCAUGCCGCCUCUGAAAAGUCCAGCUGCAUUUCAUGAACAGAGAAGGAGCUUGGAGCGCGCCAGGACAGAGGACUAUCUGAAAAGGAAGAUCCGGUCCCGGCCAGAGAGAUCGGAGCUGGUCAGAAUGCACAUUCUGGAAGAGACCUCAGCUGAACCCUCCCUGCAGGCCAAGCAGCUGAAGCUGAAGAGAGCAAGACUGGCAGACGACCUCAAUGAGAAGAUAGCCCAGAGGCCAGGUCCCAUGGAGCUGGUGGAGAAGAACAUCCUUCCUGUGGAGUCCAGCCUGAAAGAAGCCAUCAUUGUUGGGCAGGUGAACUACCCAAAGGUUGCAGAUAAUUCCUCUUUUGACGAGGACAGCAGUGAUGCUUUGUCCCCAGAGCAGCCAGCCAGCCAUGAGUCCCAGGGAUCUGUACCAUCACCAAUGGAUGCUCGGAUUGGUGAGCCGCUUCCCAGCACCACUGUGUCAUCACCAGCUCAGGUUGUGUCCCAGUUACAGAUCAAUGCAGACGCCAAUGAAACACCUUUCCUACCUGAACAGCCACUCCCUCCUCUUCCACCACCACCUCUGCUGCCUCCUAGCUUCACCAACAGAGCCACUAUUCCUGCUGCCAAGCCCCCACCAACGCUCAUUAAGCAAAGUCAGCCCAAGUCUGCCAGCGAGAAGUCUCAGCGCAGUAAAAAAGCCAAGGAACUGAAGCCGAAAGUCAAGAAGCUUAAAUAUCACCAGUACAUCCCCCCGGACCAAAAGCAGGACAAAGGGGCUCCCCCCAUGGACUCCUCCUAUGCCAAAAUAUUGCAGCAGCAACAGCUCUUCCUGCAGCUCCAGAUCCUCAACCAGCAACAGCAGCAGCACUACAACUAUCAGACCAUCCUGCCAGCCCCGCCAAAGCCUCCAGGAGAGCAGCAGAGUGGCACUAGUGCCCCUGCCAUGCGUAAUCUCUCUGCUGCCGUCAGCAACGCAUCUUCUGUAUCCUCCAGUUCUAGUGGGCUGAUGCGACAAAACAGUAACGCCACAGUGGGCAAACCAGGCCCUCUCCCUACCAACCUAGAUGACAUGAAGGUGGCAGAGCUGAAGCAAGAAUUGAAGAUGAGGGCGCUGCCUGUCUCGGGCACCAAGACGGACCUGAUUGAGCGGCUCAGAGCUUACCAGGAGCAGAAUGGCACAGCCAGCCAAACAGCCAGCACUCCCAAGCCCAAUGCAACAGCCAUCCUCCCAAAAGCUGCUGAGGUGGUGGUAGCCUUCCCAGCUGCUAGGCUGAGCACUGGGCCGGCACUGGUCACUGCUGGCAUUGCAUCAACAGAGGUAGUUGUGGCCACCGUCACCAGCAAUGGCGUGAUGAAGUUUGGGAGCACAGGCUCAACACCACCUGUUUCGCCCACCCCCUCAGAGCGUUCACAGAUGAGCACUGGGGAUGAGAACUCUGCCACUGGAGAUGCCUUUGGAGAGACGGUGACUUCGCCUCUGACCCAGCUCACCCUGCAGGCAUCUCCAGUGCAGUUCCUGAUGAAGGAAGAGAGUUCUAAGGCUACCUCCUGCAGCCUAAAUCCAGCACCCAGGUUGGAGCGGUGCAGCGUCAGCAGUAGCAAGGAUAUGGAGGUCCAGGAUAAAGACCAGAUGUUGCAGGAGAAGGACAAGCAGAUUGAGGAACUCACCCGAAUGCUGAAACAGAAGCAGCAGCUGGUGGAGAUGCUGAGGCUGCAGCUAGAGCAGGAGAAACGGUCUCAGCAGCCACUACUAGCCAUGGAAACCGGAGUGGGAGGGGUGGUCCCUGCCUCCAGUCCAGUGGCUUUUGGCACCCAGAUUAAGAGUGAAAAUGGCUUCCCGAGUUGCCAGUCUGCAGGGCUGCCUGAUGGCCAAACGGAUCAAUUCAACCCUGUGUCCACCGCUAGCCAAAUGGACACUUCGGAUCCAAGCUCAGUGCCAAAGAAAGUGGUGAUGGUGAAGCAGGAGGUUCUGACAGCAGAAACAGAGCCACCAUGCCAGUCCCACACCCCGCAGCUCUUCCUUGGUCAGCAAGGGGGUGCCCUGAGUGACCUCAUCAAGGGGGCCCCUCCCCCUACCCUCAUCACAGAUUCCACGGGGACCCACAUUGUCCUUACAGUGACCAAUCAGAAUGCUGAGAGGCGGGGCCUCUCACCACAGGGGAAUAGCUGCACAACAUUGCAGAGAGUACAGUCGUCACCCACUAAAAUAUCCAGCCAACCACAGUGUCCGCUACCUGCAAGCAACUCGCAGCAGCAGCCUCCCCCCAGGCUACUGAACCAGCCCGUCAAGAAGGCUCAGAAGCCAGGUCUGCAGGUGGUCACUGGGCAGCUGCCCCACACAAUUUUGUCUUUCUCAGCGCCUCCAAACCUGCAGCCCUUUUUCCUCAACGGCUUUCACAAAGGAUCCCUGAAAACUGGUGCUCCUGGCAAAGCCAACCAACCCAGUGUGCCAAAAAAGUCAUCCUCACAGCCAGGCUCUCCUGCUGCCACUUCCCCAUCCCAGAUGGACCUUGAGCAGCAGCACCCGCACCCGUCCCUUUUCGGAACCCCUCCACCUCCUCUCCCUGGCUCCUCGGUGCCGAUGAAAGAACCACCAGGCUAUGAAGAGGCCAUGAAGCAGCAGCCAAAGCCCCAGGAGGAGAAUGGCUGUUCGAGCCAACAGAUGGACGACCUGUUUGACAUCCUCAUAGAGAGUGGAGAGAUUUCAGCUGAUUUCAAGGAGCAGCCAUCUCCAGCUGGGAAGGAGACAUCAGUGUCUCCAGCAUGCGCCUCGCCGCCCAACAGCCACCAUUCUUCUGAGCUUCCCCUGCAGAUGUUCCUUGGCCAUACUAGCUGCAUUAAUCCUGUCACAGCAGGCCGGCUGGAGGACUUCCUGGAGAGCAGCACUGGCCUCCCCCUUCUGCCAGCAGGCCACGAUGGGCCUGAGCCCUUGUCCCUGAUAGAUGACCUCCAUAGUGAGAUGCUGAGCAGCUCAGCCAUUCUGGACCACCCGCCUUCACCCAUGGACACGUCAGAAUUGCACUUUGCCCAUGAGCCUACAGGGGGACUAGCCCUGGACCUAGCUGAGGCUAACUUGGACAGCAUGGAUUGGCUGGAGCUUUCGGGGGGCCCUGUCAUGAGCCUUGCUCCCCUAAGCACUGCAGUCCCCAGCCUCUUCUCCACAGACUUCCUUGAUGGACACGAUCUGCAGCUGCACUGGGAUUCUUGCUUGUAGCUCUCUGAACUGAGAUGGAAGGGAAUGGGGGGGAGGGCACAGGCAUGGGGGCAGGGGGAGAGGCCAAUCAACCAAAAAUGAGCCCCUUGAGUGUAAACUCUUCCCCCAGUCGUGACCUCCUGUAGUGAAACUCGUACCAUUGGGAAGGGCUGGCACAGCUGUUGGUGGGUCAUUGUGCUCACUGGGGCUACAAUCAGCAGGUUAGAGCAGAGCAGUAACCAUAGCUGUCAGGGGACAGGAGCUGCAGGGGUCUGAGACUGGCUGGUUCCCUGCCUAUACCCCUUCUCUAAAGCUGAAAUAACACCACUGUAUGGCAGGGAGACCUCCCUUGGCUUGCAGGAACAGCUCAACUGGGAGCCCGGAGGGGGGAGUGGCAUGGGGCAGCCUAAACGCAAUUAGGAAACAAAGGGGUUUACGCUGUUCUGGGAGGGCGGAAGGGUGAAUGGUCACUGACAGGGACUCCUUGUGUUAGGCAGCAGCUCAGCUAUUCCUCCCAGCUGCUGUUUAAGGAAUGGGGAGUGCUCCCUCGAGCACUGUGAGCCAUGGCCCCGCUCUUUCUCCAGGCCAGAGCGGUCAUGCCCGUCUCACAGGAGAGGCUUCAGGCCAAAGGGAUGCUCGAGCAAUAAGACACGUUCCACCAGAGGCAGUACAAGGGACUGGAGAGGUUAGGAUCUGCUGUGUGGCUGGAGGGGCGAGAGCUACAUGGGGGAAUGACCAGGCAGCGCACCCUUCACUCUGGGGAGCCCUACAGUCACAGAUGCUAGUGCCCAAAGACAUACCCUCCCUCUAGCAGGUCAGACUCUUGCUUGUUAGGGGCCCUGUGCUAAGCCCUUCAUACAAUCCAGAAUGAGAAACCAGACCAGGGAGAAGGGGAUCAUGACUGGAAACCCAGCCCUCCCAAGAGCAAAGUGGAGUAACUUGCCACAGGAGCUUGUAGGGCACGGCAGUUUAAAACUCAGGCAGUCAAAGGGGCUCAUGAGCUUUCUGCCACUCAGGUGGAAGGCGACUACAUGGCCUCCACUUUCCAGCUCUGAGGUGCUGUUACUCAUGGUAGAGCAGGUACUUGCCUAGAAUCCCAUAGGGUUGAGCUUCAGCUUUGUGUGUGUGGCUUUUGCAGGGCUCUGAUCCUGGGUGGGGUGUUGGAGGGGUAGGUGUGUGCUCUGCAGCAGGUGUAAGAGUCAUGGCUGCAGCCCAGAAAAGGCUAAGCCUGCUGCUGGGUUCAUGCUGCACAAAAGGAGACUUUGGCCCAAGCUGCAUUACGGUGCUAAAGUCCUGCUCUUUCCAUCGGGGCCCCAGCCUCCCGCAGACCUGGGGUGGGCCAAGAAUCCCAGCACAGAGGCUGCAGCAGGCCCUUUGCUCAUUCUGCCCCCUAGGGUUGGUACUCAGUCUGCAGCCCAAGCUGUGAGGACAGGGAGACUUCCCUGUUGCUACAGGGCUUCACAGAAAUGAAGGGGAGAGGGCAAGUCUGAGUGGUAAGCGCCGGCUGUGCUCAUGCUGCCCUGCAGCAGUGGCAGAUGUUUCCUUCCAGGGCAGGGCUCUGGCCCAGGCCCCGCUCUGGGAGGCAUGUGGAAGGCUAUUCUCAGGCAUCCCUAAAGGAGGUGCAAUGGCAGGACGUUCUCUGCUGGGCUGUGCCACGUUCUCCCCAGUCCCAGAGGAGUAAAAGGAAAAUAAAUCCAUUUUCUUACUAGAAAUUUAACAACCAGUCUCCCUUCCACCCCACAUUUUGACCUACCCCUGUGAACUCCCUAUGCUGCAGUAGGGUGGGGAUUUUAGCUUAGUUUAUGGGACCUAGAAAUGGCCGCCUCAACCCCAAGUGGCUUUGGUAAUUAUGGCUGAGUUUGGAGGGGGUGGGGGUCUGCUUUAACUUCUUAUUAGUCCUAGUUCCCUUCUAGGCUUGUUCUGUCUCUGGUCAUUCAUCAUCCCGUGUGUGAAAAGUGAACCAGCCAUGCUGUUUGGAUCCUCCCCUCUUCUGCCCCAGACAGGUGCUGGUCCUGUGGGAAGCGGGUAGGUCUGCUGAAUAUCAUGUCAGCGUAUCUUACUGUCUGGAGUCUGUCCCUGGGAAGAGACAUGCCUCAGGGUUGGGGAGGGGGUCAUGUUGCUUUCUUGCCUCUUGGUACCUGCCCUUCAUUAGUAGCUAAGGAAGACACUCUGUACAUGUGUAUAUACCGCUCUAGCUGUUCUUGAAGGGAAAGUGGGGAGGAGUUGCAUCCACCUCCUACUCUGUGUCAAGGCAUAAACGGCAGCUGGGCAUGGUGUAGCUGAAUCACAGUGGGGGAGUGUGUCUUGCUUUGCUGGAGUCCCUUCUGCUUGUUCUGGGAGGAGAGCUGGUAUUUUAAUUCCGUGUGGUUUGGGGAGGAGAUGGAAGCAGGCCAUGGCUUAGCUGUUCUGGCCUGAUUGCACGUGCCAGUGAAAGCAGAUUGCCUUUUUCUACUAGUCUCAAUGCUGAAGCUGUGCCGCCCUCCCUACUCCAAUGGUGUUGUGGAGAAGCCAUGUGUCCUGAGCUUUAGAGCAGUUGUGCAACUGCCCUUGUUCCCAUUCCCCCUCCCCCCCCCCCCCCCCCCCCCGGGGCAUGAAUGGACUGCUGAACCAGGCUUCUCUCUCAUGGUCUGGAAUAGCCCUAGCUGAGCUCUCUCUCUUGUAUCAGGGCAAUAGAAAUAAUCAGUUCUUUCCUGGGGGGCUCACACCACCAGGGCUGCUGCAUCUGUUCUGCCCAGAACUCUACAUAUCACUUCACCCUUUGGAGUCUGAGCACGGUGUCUAUGUACAUGCACCCACCUGAAUCACUUACUCAGUGCUCUUGGGGUUAAAGAAAUUGUGUUUGAGGCAGAACAAACCCAUGUCCUUUAACCCUUGGGACCCAGGCUGGAGGGGCUUCCAGCCUAAUCUAAACUGCUCCAGUAUUGUGUGAAAACCAGGCUGUCAGUACGGCCUUGGAGGCUGUUUUUUUGUGUACCCCAGUGAUCCCUGGCCCCCCACUGGAGCCUAGCUAAUUUUUUUUGUACAAAUAAGAACCUAAAUACAACAGAGUUAAUAUUAAGCAGAAAACAAAUUAUCAAAGUGCAAUGAGAUAAUGCAGGAAGGUGGCAUCAAACCAGUUCCCCAACUGGGGUACGGGGAGAGGGUGGGUGUACCAAGUUGCUCGCCUCUGCUGCUGGGGGAGUGCAAAAUCCACAGGGGCCUAUUGCUGCAUAGGAAGAAGCCUAAGCCCCUCUGUGGACUGAGGUAGCUGGUAUUGAAAUGAUACUAGAGCUGGGCUCCCACUGCUGGUGGUGCUUCUCAGUGGAGGUUCAGGUGGGGAGGUGGCCUGUACUGGGGACAAUUAAAACCCUUUCUUCCAGAGAGUGACUCAGAGGUCCUUGCUGAGAAGCAGGAUCAUCCACUUCUCUGUACUCUUGGAGAUGUUCCAGCAAGAGGCCUUUUUGCAUCUCUCACAGA